GUGAUAAAUGAAGUUUUUACCUAGUGGGUAAAAAAAGCAUGUGCUAGUAAUAUAUGUUCUGGUAAACAUUUCACAGCUGGAUCUCAGGAACAAAAAUGCAUGCAUGUAUAUACACGGGUAAGUGUAUUAAAUUUUUUAGUAAAAUAAAGCAUCUGCAGCAUACAGUUUACAAAUACAGUAUAUAGUACUCAUUUUUGUAAAUUCUGUAUGAUCGAUUGAUUCUCACAGAAAACAUCUGUUCAAUUCUGGCAAAGUUGUAUCCGCAGGGAACCUAUAGCUGUAUUUGACCAGGGAGGGUAGGCCCUACAUAAAUGUUGGUGAGUGUUCUCAUCUGCAUUAAUGAGUCAGAGAAAACCAAAACAACAAAGAAGUCAGUGUGAUCUCUUGUUUGUCAGUGACUUCUCAGCUGAAUUAAAUAACUGUUUUUAAUGCCAGAAGAUUUCCUUAUUUUUUUUUGCUACUCACAAUGUAUUGGCUUCAACACUUUUAAGUCUAAUCUGCAUUAUUAAUGUCUUCGCCAUCACUUUUGAGUUAAAGGAUGGCCCUGGUUGGUAGCACUUGCAGACAUCUGCAGCGUCCAUGUGCCUACCAUGACUCACUCCAAGCUUCCACCUCGGCAAGGCUGAACAGGAGCGUGCGGCAUGGGACACCUAAGAAAGGAGAUGCCUCCCGUGGACCAUCCAGGCUGUGCUCGGGGAGGCUGGCCUGUGGACUUCAUCCAUUGGCUUUCAUAGCCUCUGGCUUCCAGUCCUGUUUUGCCAGUGGGGACCCGUGACAGGGAAUGGCAGGAGGCGGGAGCGUAAGUCUAGGUUUUACUCUCUCUGGUCAUGGUAGUCUCUCUGGCCCUUGGUGAAGAUCAUAGCAUCUUUCAAGGUGACUCUGUGCAACUUGACUUCCAGAAUCCAUUAACUGCUCCUCCCUUCAUCCCUUCAGACCAGGGUGAGAAUAGCUCUGCUAUUAUUAGGCCCAGAACACUGUACUUUUUUGGUAGUUUUCCAGCACUCUGCCUAUGUCUCUGCAAACAGUCCCCUUACCAAGCCCUCUGGGGAUGAUGCUAAUGUGCCCUGUGUUCCUGCAGGGACACAGAUACAGACAGAACCCACAGAAACAGCAGAACUCCCCAGAGGACAGCCACAUGGUACACACAGUGAAUGCCCCACCCAGGUGCUCCAGGACAUCAGAGGGGUCCCAGAUGGAGUUCUCCAGAAAAAAUAACAAUUAUACAUGGCUGCUACUGUGAGACACUGGAUCAACCUGAGCAUGUAGGGGAAGGCACCUUAUGCUUUGCCGUGGUCUGAAUGUUUGCAGCCCCCAAAUUCAUGUUGAAAUCUUCACCCCCUUGCCAGGCGAGGUGGCUCAUGCCUGUAAUCCUAAUACUUUGGGAGGCUGAGGUGGGUGAAUCACAAGGUCGAGUUUGAGACCAGCCUGACUAACAUGGUGAAACCCUAUCUCUACUAAAAAUAUAAAAAUUAGCCAGGUGUGGUGGCACACGCCUGUAAUCCCAGCUACUCAGGAGGCUGAGGCAGGAGAACUGUUUAAACCUGGGAGAUGGAGGCUGCAGUGAGCUGAGAUCGAGCCACUGUACUCCAGCCUGGGUGGCAGAGCGAGUCACUGUCUCCAAAAAAAAAAAAAAAAAGAAGAAAUCCUCACCCCCAAGGUGAUAGUCUUAGGGGUGGGGGAUUUCCAGGUGAAUAAGUCAUGAGGACAUAUUGUUGUGGAUGGGAUGAGUGCCCUUAUAAAUAAGGCAUGAGCUAGGAGGCACUGGGAGCAAUGGGCCCUCCCCAGAUGGCACCUUGAUCUUGGACUUCCAAUGCCCCAGAAGUGUGAGAGAUGAAUGUGUUAUUUAUAAGCUUCCCAGUCGGUGACAGCAGCCAGACAAACUUCUAUCAAAAAGAAUAAAAGAACAGCAUUUAGAAGUUUAAUAAAUAAAAGGUCUUAGUUUAAAUAUAAAGAAACUUAAAUGUGGAGGACUUUAAAGAAAUAAUGGAGUACAAGGAAAAAGCAUAUCUGACCUUAAGGCUGGGGAUGAUUCCUUCGAGUGGCUCAGGAGUGGUGGUCCAGGGCCUUAGGGAGGGACGUAUCUCCUAGCAGACAUUCAUACAGAUGUGCACCAGGGGAAACUCAGCUAUGGUUACAGGGCUAAACGCAUACUUCAUCAGCUAUAAAAGCCAUCAUCUGAUAUUAUCUGGGAGAUGAAAGAGGGAGUAGGGAGGGAAGGGUGGGGUUGGAACCCCCUGGCAUUACAGGGUAGGGACCACUGGACACUGUCAGAAAUGAUGUAGUCCUAAGUACAUUUGUUUAAAGCAACAAAGAAAACCACAGGCAAGCCGGGUCUCCUCCCACCACCUCCACUGCUGACCACGAGGGAGGAGGCCAGCAGAGCCAAGUCCCUGGAGGGUCAGUGCCGCUGUGUUCCCGCUGACCUCUCCCCAUUUUCAGUGCUUUCUGUCCUGACACCUGAGCCUUUCACUUGGUGGUAUUUCCUCCAAUGCUUCUUGUUUGCCAAGCCCCCUUACAACAUAGCACUUAAAACAGCUUUUCUUUAUGGAAAUCUACUUAUUCCAAAGCUCUUAGGCAGUGUUAUAAACAUUAGUUUAAAACAUCAGCCAGGGGAUUACUGAUAAAAUAUAAAAUAGAAACUAUUUCCCAAGGAAACGUCAUCUAAAAAUACACCAGUUUCCCCUCUCUCCUCACUUGAGUGGAAGGCAGCUGAGGGAGCGCCAGGACCCGUCUUGGGUGAAGUCUACUUCCUCAUACCUCUCUGACAUUGUUCCCAUGAAUCCCCCGGGAAUGGGUUGAAAAAAAAAAUGUGACAAUGGAGAAGAGUUGCACCCAAAGCAACGUGCAUAUAAACAGGUCUUCCAGCUAGAGAAAAAAUUCUGCAUAAAUAAUUCAGAUUGCUGAGCUUGGUGGCUCACGCCUAUAAUCCCAGCACUUUGGGAAGCCAAGGCAGCAGUCUGAGACCAAACUGGACAACAUCGUGGGACCCCAUCUCUACAAAAAAUACAAAAAAAUUAGCCAGGCAGGAGGCUGGGUAGGAGGCCUAAGCCUGGGAGAUCUAGAGAGCCAUGAUCACACCACUGCACUCCAGCCUUGGUGAUGGAUUGAGGCUCUGUCUCAAUGAUCAAUAAUGAUAAUGAUUCAGACAAACCAGGUUGAAAGAUGUUCUGAGAUGGGAAACUUGGAACCCUGCCACCUAGGGUGGAUGCCGUGGCUGAUAGAUCCUGAAAGGGCAGCAUGGAAGGGCUCUGGGAGGUGUCUCAUUUCUGUCUGUUGUUACUCCCCUUGACCGCUGAGAGCCUUUACGCUCCCCAGAAUUGAGUAAGGGGUUCCUGGACAGAAGUGGGGAAACUGUCCCAGUGACGAGGUCUUCCUGCCCAGGGCCAUAUUACUUUACUCCAUUUAAGUGACAGAGCAUGAACAGGUCACAUUAGUGUCACAUGCGAUUUCAUCCUCCAUUUGCAACAAUGAAAACUGCCUAACGACAUUGUUAUAUACCCCAGAAUUAUAAUUAAUUCUUAUUAGCCAAUAGAAUCUGAUUGCACUAAAAUCUCUGUUAGCCGGGACAGAUGUAGCCACAAUGGCCAUGCCGUAGAGGCCAGACGAGGUGGCUCAGGCCUGUAAUCCCAGCACUCUGGGAGGCCGAGGCAGGUGGAUCACGAGGUCAGGAGUUUGAGACUAGCCUGGCCAACAUGGUGAAACCCCAUCUCUACUAAAAAUACAAAAAUUAGCUGGGUGUGGCGGUGUGCACCUGUAAUUUCAGCUAUUUGGGAAGCUGAGGCAGGAGAAUCACUUGAACCUGGGAGGUGGAGGUUCCAGUGAGCCGAGAUGGUGUCACUGCACCCCAGCCUGGGCGACAAAGCAAGACUCGGUCUUGGGCUGGGGGUAGUGCAGGGCAGAGUGGAGAGAGAACAAGCAGCAAUAUUAUCUAAAACAAAAUUGCAAUCCAAAUUCUAGGCCCGAUUCUGGGAUUGGUUUACAUCCAGCUUGGUCUGGCCUUGCCACGCCCACAGGGCAGGACACACUGAAGUCUGCCUGGGGGCGGGGGCGGGGGCCUGCUUUGGUACUGGGCUCCCACUUUCUGCAGUCCCAUGUGCCCAAUAUUCCUGCAGUCCCUCGUGGACCUAGUGUGUCCUCAUCUCAAACUCGGGACUGCUGGCCUGGGCGUGAUCCCUUCACUGUUUCUCACUAAUAGUUUGCCUCUUAAAAUAUGACAAAGACCCUCUCCUUUCAUCACACUUGACUCAGGCUCCUCUUAGCCCUCCCUGUGACCAGUCCCUGACCUUGGCCGGUUUAGGCCAAUUUAGCAAGAAUCCUGCUGAGUCGGUUUAGUGAAAAUGCCGGAUCAAACUUCUCAACUCCCACCCUUGGUAUCUGACCACACUGCCUGCCUUCAGCAAAAAUCCUGUCAAGUCUAUGCAGUCAGAAUCUGCCUUGCCCCUGACCCUUCAUCUUCGUAAUGUUCUAUCUAUCCCCGACCCUACUCCUUGGCUGUCAAUUCCCACUUUUUCUUUUUGGAGUCAAGCUGGAUCUGCCUCCCCUAACCCCACACCUCGCUUUAGCAGCCCCCCUUCCGCCCGGCCUUUGAAUAAAGGCCCCUUUGCCCUCUUAAACAACAGACUGGGACAGGACAUUCCCAGACCCCCAACCCCAGUGCCAAAGAAACCUGAGCCCCAGUCCUCAGAUCUCAAGAAACCCAGCGGGUGACAGGCGUGGGUGUCACCAGCCAGGAUUGCUGGUGGGAGCUCCGGAGCACUUUGCAAGUGAGCAGGGCCUGAACAGGCGCUUCUCUGUCGUCCACGCCUGGGGAGGACUCUGGGUCCUCGCUUCGGACUGCAGAGCUCCUUUUGCUGUUGCCUGCUGUCUCCACCGACCUUGGCGGUUCACUUAGUACCUCCAGGCCAACAACUGGCCUCUCCUUCCCUGCCUUGUGCCCUGCCUGGGUCUGAACUGUGGGUCACCUAGCGUGUACGUGGGCCUCAGAGGCGCCCUGUGGGGCCCGAGGUACCAGGGAGAAGCAAAGGGGACCAAGCUCGCAUUCACCCAGCUUCCACUGGAACAAUGGCCUCUGCAAAGCAACGACCCCGCCGCCUCGCCUCUCCUCCCAUCCACGGACAUCAGGGUCUGCGACGCCCUCCGCAAGGGGCCAGGGUCCCCAUGUCUUCGCUCUCCAGGAUGCUUUCCGGGUGUCACCCUCCCUUGCUCCCAUCGUCCCCCUACAACCGAGUCUAGCCUGGUCGCUGCCAUGAAGAUAAGGGCUGGUCAGGACCGGUCACCUCCCGCCACCACCAGUGGGGACCGGUCAGUGUCGGUCCGGGCCUCCAGUCCCGCGUCCCCGCCAAGGCCAGGCAGGGGGUCGUGGGUGCCCUGGGUCUAGAACCAAAAUCAGUCAGGAGAAAACCUAAAGGACGAACGUUCCGAGUACGUAUACGGACGGUUAAUAUUUAUUUCACAACUUAUUUUUUUUAACUUCUUUGUUAAAGAGGAAAACCUAACGCUAUAAAUAAAACGACCAGCAGCACUUGUGCCUGCGUGGGUGGCGCCCACGCCUUUAAACCUGAAGUCACAGGUACUCACACCCGCACCCGCGCAGAGCGGCUGCUCCGCAGGAGUAAGCGGAGAGGGUCGGCGCGCGCCCAAAACGACUCAAAGGGAGCGCAGGGGCUAGGGAGGAAGUGGCCUCCGUGCAGGCGCAGAGAGGAGGGGCGAGAGAGCGACUCCUGCGCAAGCGCAGAGUGAAGAGCCGGAAACAGCUGAAGGGGUGAGGAAGAUAAUGGUGGGGGACCGCGAGGCGGCUCCGUGAGCCGGCAGGAACACGCAGUCGAUCAGCUAGACUCGCCUGUGCGCAGAGCAGAUGAGUCUAGAACGCAAAGAUGAGAUCUUUGAGAACAUCAGAGAAAAACUUCCCUUGCCAUCCACACUGCAAUAGAACAUCAGGAUCUUGAAACUUGUGGUCAUAAUCUCACAGCUGAGGAGGGUCACUGCACACUCUUGGAAUGGUCCACUCAUUGAAACCCUUAAGUUGGAUUGCGCUACACACUUGGUUUUGGAAUCGACUCUUGGACUCAUGGCAUGACUGUGUGCCUGAGGCUGACUCAGAAUUCCCACCAUCGCCCUCUGCUGCUCUCCUGGUCAUCCUUGGCACCUGGUUGGAAAUGGAAUUUGGACACUGCAUUGCGUUCGUCUUGUGCUGCAGCUGCAGGCCCUCUCAUGACUGCCCCAGGAAACACUGGCAGCUAGUGAGAAUCUUCAGGCAGCCAUGAACAGUGUGAGAUGAUUUUGUUAACUUCAGCCUCAUGUCCACGCUCUGAGCACGUCUGAGUGAGAGGGCUCAGCUAUGAUGCCCGGAAGCUUGUGCAUUGGGAGCUCUGAAGACCUCCUUGACAUUCACUCCCUGAAGUUCCCAGAGCCACUGCUCUUCCCUGACAUCUUAUGCAAGGCAGGAGGUGUGGGGUCAGUUUCCACAAGGAAGAGGGACUGAUCCAGUCUGUUGGUCCCUGCAGAUGUGACUUUUGCAACGUUUGUAACUUUCCUAUUAGCCUAAAAUUAUCUCAAAAUACAAAGUUAAAAAAUGAAUCAAGUGAGUUAACACUGGAAUUUGCAGAUGAAUGCUGAUGAGAGCAACAAUAAUAAAAAUAAUAGUGACCUUUGUUGAGUGUGGCAAGCAGUGUGCUAGCAUCGCAUCAAAUCUUCCUUAGGAACCCAGGGUUUUCCUAUGAGCAUCCUGGGAGUAUGGCAAGGCAGCCAGGGAAGUGGAGCCGUUCCAGGGACACCCCUCUCCACUGCCGCUUGCUGGCAGUGUUCACUCUGUUAGUUCAAUGUUUGCCUUAAUACACCCUUUAGAAUCACACUGUAUCCUUGGAGCCUUCAGCGGUUGAUAAAAAAAGAAGGCUUCUGUGUACACAUUGGCAACUCUACCACACAAUUUCCAGUGUAGCUCCAGAAGCUAAAAAUAACCACGUGCUUUCUGUUUCAUGCAGAAAAGAGGACGUGUGCACUUUAUUUCGUAACACUUACCAUUUUUGAAACUCUGAUUUUUCCCACAUGUAUUUUUAAAAUGUCCUUGAAGGAAAAGACACGAUGUGGAUUUUGCCAGUUUCCUCUUUUCUGUAAUCCAGCUCAGGUCUAGGGGCAGGUCCAGAUCUUCAGGAAACAACUCCUGGCGAUCAGAUGUUGGAAGAAAACCUUGAGCCAACAUUCAUGGCCAUGGGGUGGACUUGCCAAGAAGUGCCUGGAGACAGCUCCAUGGGGUCUGAGGCUGAGGUCUAUAGGGGGAAUGGCAUCUUCAAGGGUCCCCAUAUCUCUGCAGCCCAGGGCGGGGAUGAGCAGUGGUCUGCCAGGGUCUCUGCAUGGCCUGUUUCCUGUGCAAGGAGAGGCCACAGACUUAGAGCACAAUCCAGGGCUCUGUGUCCUGAGGCAGGAACAAGGAUGGCCAUCCAGGGCUCUGCUUUCCCAAAGAUUUCAGCGCUCUCCUCACCAAGGCCAAGCAUGGUUGCUGCAGGGAGCUGUUUAUACCAGGUUUCCAUCUGCCUGAUGCUCACUUGCUUGCUUUUCACUGCGUGAGCCCCACAGAGGUACACUUUGAGGAAUUUCCAGUGAGCACAGAGCAGGUGGGCCAUGGGUGGGUCAGGGCUGGGCACCACAUCAGGGGAUGACCCUGCUGUCUGAGGAGCAUCCUCCUCACAGGUAGGGCUGCCUGGUGGGUUUUCUGAGUUAGCUCCCUCCUGAGGCUGCCAGGCCAGGCCCUUUCCCAUCUUGCUGCACUCACCCUGCCUGGAUCGAGGAACCCAGACUUACCACCUGGCUGAUGCUUGGGUGUGAGCAAAAUUCCUAGGACCCAAGGUCAGGGGCUAGAAGGGCAGUGGGAAUGGUGUCUGUGGCUGGAAAAAAUCCAAGGCCACACAGCCAGGAAGUUAGGCAGAGAGUGGGACAUGCCCUUUGACCCCAGUGAACCUGCGCAGUGCUGGAAAUACCACUGGGACCAUGCACAGACGUACACAGUUGGUUAACCCUAGUCCUCCCAACUAGGACUGAGCAGAGCCCCUCCCAGCAUCCUGCCUGCUGUUAUUCAAGCGCAGCUGCUUGUCUUGUGCAUCCGCUAGGGCUGGGCUGGCCUCAUCUCCUUCAAUGAUGCACUGACAGGGCCACUGCAAUAUGACAGGAAGAGGAAAUAUGUGGUAAGAAUGGUGACAUUGUAAAUGCAUACAGUGAACACAUUUCCUCUAGAAAAUCAGCCAUAAAUUAGAAAAUGCAAUAGUUCUCUUCUCAGUACUAACAACCCACACAGGAACUUAGCAGAGAACUGGAUUAAGAACAGUAUUAAAGCUGAGACUUAGUGUGAGGAAAGGUCCCAGGCUUACUAAGGUUAAGGAAAUAUACCUGUGUAGACACAUUAUCACCACAUUAUUAACCUGGAGACAAAGACUGAUGAGCAAAUAGAUUAAUUCUCUGGAUUUAAGAGCUUAUAAAGUCAAAACAAAAUUAUAUUUGGCUGUCUUAAAACAUGCUAAUAGGAUUCAAAAGCUUAUCUGGAAAGCAACUGAGCUUGAAGAAGCACAAGCCGUUUUAAGAGAAGACUAUUAAGGAGGAACAUUCCCUGUCAGAUAUUAAACCAUAGUGUGAAGCUACAAUCACUGAAAAAAUGUGAACAACUGCAAUCAUCAAUUGUAUCGGGGAAAACAUAGAUUACUCCUGAAAGAAUUGGAAUUUAUGAAAUAAUUUUAUGUGUUCAUAGUAUAAUAUACUAGGGUUAAUGGUAUCAUCACAUAUCUUUGGAGAAAGACUUAUUCAAUCCAUGAUAUGUGAUAAAAAAAUUAACGAUGUACAAUAAGUUAUAUCUUCUUGUAUCACCUUAAAAUGCAACAAGUUCUAGGAAAUUUUUAUUUUAAAAUAAAACUAUAAAAAACAAGGAGAUAAAACAGAACAAUGUUCUUUGGCUCUAAGGCAAAAAUGACAUUUUAAGAAAAAUGUGUAAGAAAGUGUACAAAAAUAGACUUAAUUAACAUUGUUUAUAAUUUAAGAUGAUAGCAAAAAUAAGGAUAAAAACAAAGUAUAAGGGGAGUCAUAAAAAGCUUUCAUGGGCUGCUUCCCUUCUCUGUAAUCAUUUCUUAAAAAUAAUGACUAAUGUAUCAACUGGAAAAUGAACAAGUCAUGAGAGGACAAACUUGAGAAAGAUAAUAAUAGUCAAUAAACAUGAAAAAUGUUUACUGUCAUCACUAAUCAAAUAAAGCAAACAUAAAAAGAAACCAUUACUAUUGUUUUUAAGAUAAUACGCAACAUUGGUAAUGAGGCAUUUUCAAGCUCCUUGGGUGGUGGCAGAAACACAUACACACUUUCUCUAGCCAUUAAUUAAUGUAAGAUGUCAAGAUGGCCACUCUUCUGCUUUCUCUGACUUCAUGCUCUUCCCAAAAAUUGAGUGCUAACCAAUUAGGCAAGGCUGAACACAGUGGGUAUCUGAACAGGAGGUCAAAGCAGCACCACGGUGGCUCACAGCUGGAUGCUGGAACCUGAGCGGGGUGAGGAGGGUGGCCAUGAAGGAGCAUGGACCAUCCAUGGAGCACUGUGCACCAUUCAUGUAGCACUGUGGAUCCUGCAUGCAGGACUGUGCAACAUUCAUGCAGCAUUAUGGACCCUUCAUGCAGGACUGUGCACCAUUCAUGCGGCACUGUGGAUCCUUCAUGCAGGACUGUGCACCAUUCAUGCACCACUGUGGACCCUUCAUGCAGGACUGUGUACCAUUCAUGUAGCACUGUGGAUCCUUCAUGGAGGACUGUGCACCAUUCGUGCAGCACUCUGGACCCUGCAUGCAGGACUGUGCACCAUUCCUGCAGCAAUAUGGACCCUUCAUGCAGGACUGUGCACCAUUCAUGCAGGACUGUGCCCCAUUCAUGCAGCACUGUGGAUCCUGCAUGCAGGACUGUGCACCAUUCAUGUAUCAUUCUGGACCCUGCAUGGAGGACUGUGCACCAUUCAUGCAGCACUGUGGAUCCUUCAUGCAGUACUGUGCACCAUUCAUGCAGCACUGUGGAUCCUUCAUGCAGGACUGUGCACCAUUCAUGCAGCACUAUGGAUCCUGCAUGCAGGACUGUGCACCAUUCAUGCAGCACUGUGUAUCCUUCAUGCAGGACUGUGCACCAUUCAUGCAGCACUGUGUAUCCUUCAUGCAGGACUGUGCACCAUUCAUGUAGCAUUAUGGACCCUUCAUGCAGGACAGUGCACAAUUCAUACAGCACUGUGGAUCCUUCAGGGAGGACUGUGCACCAUUCAUGCAAUACUGUGGACCCUGCAUGCAGGACUGUGCACCAUUCAUGUAGCAUUAUGGACACUGCAGGAAGGACUGUCCACCAUUCAUACAGCACUGUGGACCUGCAUGCAGGACUGUGCACCAUUCAUGUAGCAUUAUGGACACUGCAGGAAGGACUGUGCACCAUUCAUACAGCACUGUGGACCCUGCAUGCAGGACCAAGGUGGCCUCUCCUCUGACCACUCUGGACCAAGCAUUGUCCCUGAAGAUCAGGCCUGAGGAAUCAGUGCACCCAAAUUGGCUGAGCCCCACUACGUGCAAGGCAAAACCCUUUGGGGUGCACACCUUGGCUACCACAUGCAAACUGAUUCUUACAAGGUGAGGCAUGCAUGACUGGAGCGUCUGCAGCACAACAGAGAUUUGCUGAGAUGAGAUGUGCUGCCCCAGGGCUGGCCAAGCUGGACACGUGUUUGCUCUGAAGGUGGCAAGUGUGCACCCACAGAGGCUCCUCCUCCACCCUGUGGCUGGGCCCUGCCCAUGGUAUCUUCCAUGUAGAUCUCUCUUACCUGCCAUGCUAACCAUGAUUUCAUCCUGGUUGGCUUGAGAUGCUUUUAUUCUAAGUCUCCUCUGACUCCAGAGGUGCCCAGAAAACAACUCCAAUGAAUGGUCCCUGCCACCACCAGAUGCAGGUGGCCCCAGGGAAGAGCCCUCUGCCCAGGGCCACUUUGUGUGGGGCUGUGUGAGGGACUCUGGGGCUGGAGCUGUGUCACCAGUCACUGUUUGGACAGGCCGCUUUCUAAAGGAUCAGCAUCUUCAGAUUCAGCAGGGCUGGCUGGGGAGACCCUGGUGAGCACCACAGGGGAGGGCCUGCAGCAGUACACCGAGGGGCCCACUCCUCUUGUGGGAGUCGCCAUCAUUGGAGCUUAUCAGCCCUCUCCCACAGAGAGGGAGGUGGGUUGCUAUCAUGCAUUUUGGCAGCAGAGGGUUGACACAUCCAGGGAUGCUGGAUUAGCUGAGGAGCAGAGCUGGGGCUGGCACCUCCGCAACUCACCCACUCCCAGUCUGGAGCAAGAACGGGGUGGACCCUGUGAUCCUUGAAACAAGAGUAUUUCCCUUUCUCAGAUGCAUGAGCCAGGCAAUGGAGUUGGGAUGCAUCCCAGAUGGUGGCAGGUUAGAUGGGUCCCUAGGCUCCCAUAGGAGCCCAGGCUCAGGGAGGAACUCUCUGCCCCUGACAAAAUGAACAUCUUCACCUCUUACAACAUAGACUGGACCCAGGGAGGGACACACUUCUUUGUCAGAUCUAAGACCUGGGGGCAGAGGGGUCUCCAGGCACCCAGGAAGCUCUCCCAGGCAGACCCGGGCUCAGAACUUGCACUCAAGGAUACAGAAGGGAUACAGGUAAGGCUAUAACUAGAUGGAAAUUUGUGACUUCAGUGCAAAAAUUAGAAUGUCAGAAAACCUAAUAAUCAGUAAACUAAGCAUUUGCUGUGAAUCAGGUAAUUACUCAUUAGGAAAACAAAAAUUAACACUAUAAUAUAAUGCACAAUGAACAGAAUGACUGCAAGAAAAUGACUGAGAGAGAAUAGCAAGUGAUGGCAAAGAUGUGGAGCCACCAAAACUCAGUUUCUGUUGGUCAGAGUGGAUGUAAAUUGUGAACCUGUAGAAUAAUUUGGGAAAAUUUUUUCAUCAUAUCUAUUAAAGCUAAAUGUAUGCCUAAUCUAUGACUCAACAAUUCUCCUAGGUAUGUAAGCAAGAAAAAUCCAUAUAUAAGUUCACCAAAAGACAUGUGUAAUGCUCAGUGAUACUAUUCAUGAUGGUCCCCAAACUGGAAACAACCCAAAUGUCCACCAAGAGUAGAAUGGAUAAACUGGUGUGGUCAUACCAUCAAAUACAAUGGGAAUAAAUGAUAAGAAUGAAUGAGUCUCACAAACACAAUGUUGAAUGAAAGAAAUCAGACACCAAAGAAUGUACACCAUUUGAGUCCAUUAAAAUGGGUCAUGGUGCCAUGAUGUCAGGAGCCAUGAUGUCAGAAGCCAUGAUGUAGGAAGUUAUGAUGUCAUCACGACACCAGAAGUUAUGAUGUCAUGAGCCAUGAUGUCAGAAGUUAUGAUGUCAGGAGUGCUGAUACAGAAAGUUGUGAUGUCAUAAUGCCAAAGCUCUGAUCUCAGAAGUUAUGAAGCCAUGGUGCUAAAAGCCAUUAUGUCAGAAGUUAUGGUGCCAUGAUGUCAGGAAUCAUCCUGUCAGAAGGCCUGAUGCCAGAGGUCGUGAUAUCAGAAGCCAUGAUGUCAGGAACCAUAAUGUAGGAGGUUAUGAUGUCAUGCCAGGAGCCAUGAUGCCAGGAGCCGUGAUACAGAAAGUUAUUAUGUCAUGAUGUCAGGAGCCAUGAUGCCAGGAGUCCUGAUGUCAGGAGCCAUGAUGCCAGGAGCCAUGAUGUAGGAAGUUACGAUGUCAUGAUGUCAGAAGUUAUUAUGUCAUGAUGUCAAGAGCCGUGAUGCCAGAAGCCCUAAUGUUAGGAGUCAUGAUAUCAUAACUUCCGAUGUCAUGGCUCAUGACACCUGGGAGGCUGAGGUGGGUGGAUCAUGAGGUCAGGAGUUCAAGACCAGCCUGGCCAAGAUGGUGAAACCUCAUCUCUACUAAAAUUACAAAAAUUAGCUGGGCAUGGUGGUAGGCACCUGUAAUCCCAGCUACUCGGGAGGCCGAGGCAGAGAAUUGCUUGAACCUAGGAGAUGGAAGUUGCAGUGAGCCAAAAUUGUGCCACUGCACUCUAUUCUGGGUGACAAAGUGAUAUUCUGUCUCAAAAAAAAGGGGGGGGGGCUACCAGUGCACUCUGCCAGGAGCCUGGAGGGGAGGAGUGUCUCUUCAAAGUCCACUCUGGGACAUUGGCCUCAUGUGCAGGGUACAGACCUUGGUGGAUGCCAGCACAGGGUGGAGGGGCCAGGAAGGCAGUCAGAGAGGCUGUGGGGCCUGCUACCAGAAUUAAUGUUACAGGCGGUUGUGCGCAAAUCAUCACGACAGGCCUGGAAAACAGAGCAGUCAGUCUUGCAGAACUCCAGGCUAAUCAGUACUAUUGAAACCUUUAAUUUUCUUCACUUUGUGUGAGGUGAGAACUGGAUAUUGGAGGGAUUCCUCCCAGAAUCACAUCCGCUCUUGCCAGUGGCUCCCCUAGGAGGCCUGACAGCCCCGGGUGUGUGAGUGGGCAAGGCAGCCCUGUCCUCAGUGUUUAUUUCUACUGUGGCCAGUGAGCAAGUUGGGGAGGAAGGAUUGCCAGUGAGCCUAAGCCCAACCACCUGCAGGCUGACCUUGACUUUGACCUUGGACCUUAAGGGGUGAGUGUGGGAAGCUCCUCUUCCAGGCAUGGAAGGCCUGCUGAGCCCUGGGGCUGAGGCCCCUGUCUACCGGAGCAGCCUGCACUGUCCAGAGGCUCUCUCAGUGCUGACAGUAAGAAGCUGGAUGCCAAAGGCUGCACCAUUGCUGCCCUGGGAAAAAGCAGCUCAUUCAGCUAAAGGACACUCUGGCUCCUCUUUUCCUGCCCUGUUGAACCCAUGUCAUCACAGGUUGCAUCCUCCAGGCAACACCAGUGACCCCGUCUCCCAAAGGCUCCUCCCAGCCUCGGGGGUGGCUGCCCCAAGUCACAUUAUAAACUAGCAUGAAGCCUGCGUAGGACCCAGGAAGCAGAUCACUGAGCCCGGAGUCCCCAUUCCUGCACAGCAUGGCCCUGCUGAAUCCCAGCUAGGAGGGGCUGUUUCUGCCUGAGCCUGCCCCUUCCCACGGGAGGACACACCUGCCAAUGGAAUCUGAGCUACGGCUUCCUAGGGCCAGCCAGGUGGGGCUCUUCAUGUGAGUGCACCUAUCCUCGGGCUACGAGGGAGUUACCAUCAUGGUGCCCAUUUCACAGAGGAGGAGGCUGAGGCUCAGAGAUGGGAAAAGGAUCAGGCCAGGAGGCGGGGAAGAAGCAUCUGCUCUAAGAUUUUGCCUCAUAACAGGAAUAACGAUAAUAAUAAUAACUCAUUGAAAAUAUGGUCCUUUUCCAUGUAUAGAAAUACAUAUGCUCAAUGAAAAAACAAAUCCAAUCUUCCUAGCCCUACAAUAUUGCGUUUUCUAGUCUAAUAUCUAAGUCUCCAUUUAUUGCUUUUAAAAUGUUCCUCAGGAGAGUUUUGCUGUUUCCUUCAACAGCUCCACCUUUCUCACUAAAUUCUCCACCAAUCAGGAUUUUAUGUGUUUUUCUGCUAUUGUGAAUGAGCUUUAUUUCUGUUUUCUAAGUGGGUAUCACUGACUAUUGACUAGUGUGCAUUUUCUUAUGUGAAGUGCUCCUAUUUCUUACCCUUGCAGUCCAUCCUGUGUUUUCUAGAUUGAUCUCAAACCGUCUGUAAAAUAUGGCAAUUUUGCCUCUUUCCUAUCUUUGUAGCUCUUAUUUUAUGAUUUUUUUUGGUCUUCUGGGGAAAGGAACAGGCUCAGGUAAGCAGCCAGGCUUAGGGCAGCCGCUGAUCACCCCAUGCAGUGAAAGCUGCGGCCCGCCGAGAUGCUGGGUUGUUAGGAAGUGCAUAGAUGAGGCCUGUCCAGGUCCAGGGCAGACCACCCUCCAAGGUGCUGAUCUGGCCAGCCCCCAGCAGGAGAGUGCUGGCUGCUGUAAUGGUGGCUGUGGGUGUGUGGUGACCGUCCAGGCUUCCCUGAGCACUGCUGGGAUGGGUGAGCCUAAUUUAGGGUUUAUUUCUGGGGUUCUGGGUCCUCAGGGACAGAGGUGUGAUAGCACUUGGUUCCGUCAUGGCUGGCUGCUCUGAGGCUCUUUCUGUCUGCCUUUCCUGGCCUCUUGAAAUGGUUGUUUUGUGAUUUAUUAUUUUGUUGCAUUGUAUUGGUAGAUUUCCUAAUAUUGAACUUGUUUUAAGGUUCUUGGAAAACCUCAACUGAAGCAGAUAGGUGGUCAUUACUAUAUGUGUGUGUUUUAAUCCAAUUGAAGUAACAUGUGAGGACUUUAUUACAGUAUUUGGUAUAUUUCAUUUCAUGUGUAUGUAACUUUUCAAUGUUUUGGUACAAAUAUGCUGGAAUGAUAAAAAGAAUGCAGGGUUCUUUUUAUGCUCAUAAAUAGGGAUUUUUUUUUUUUGAGAUGGAGUUUCGCUCUUGUUACCCAGACUGGAGUGCAAUGGCGCGAUCUCAGCUCACUGCAACUUCUGUCUCCUGGGUUCAAGCAAUUCUCCUGCCUCAGCCUCCCGAGUAGCUGGGACUACAGGCACGUGCCACCGUGCUCAGCUAAUUUUUUGUAUGUUUAGUAGAGACGGGGUUUCACCAUGUUGACCAGGAUGGUCUUGAUCUCUUGACCUUGUGAUCCACCUGCCUCGGCCUCCCAAAGUGCUGGGAUUAAAGGUGUUAGCCACUGAACCUGGCCAUAAAUAGGGAAUUUUAAUCAUACUCUAUUGGUGCACUGAGAUUGUGAAUUAGUGAAUUUGUGAUUUAUCCGAGCUGGAAUUUCAGAGGUGGGUGGGCUUGGUUUUUAAUAGAUUUCUCAAUUUCUUCUGCAGUUAAUAUUCUGCUUACAUUUCUGUCUCCUUUUAGUCAGUUGGGGCAAUUCACGUUUUCCUGGGGUAAUCGCCCAUAUGAUUUAGAACUCAAAGUAUUUGCAUGAAAUUUGUAAAUGAUGCUCUUGCACCUGCUCCUGUGUUGUCAGUGUUUCCAUGGUGUUAAACUUGUGUACAUGUAAGUUUGAGUGCCCUCCCCAUAGUUCCUGAUUUGGGGUAGACACAGGCUUAUUCACUGAUGAAUUUCAAAGGCCCAGCACGUGAAUUUUAUUCUCCUGGUUUCAAAUCAUACACUUUUACCAUUUUCAUUUUUUUCUUCUUGGUUCUCACAUUUAUCCUGUUCUUUUUAUUUUCUGGAGUCUAAUUUUGUAAGUUGAAUGAAUAAUUUACUUGUUUAUAUUUGGUUGUUACUAACAUAAUUGUUAUCGCUAUGAAUUUUCCUCUGAGACUGUUUUAGUCAUAUCAUUUGAGUUCUGAAAGAUCAUAUUCCAUAAUUGCUGUUUUCUGUGAUUCUGACAUUUAGGCUGUUGCUCUGUUUUACCCAAAAAUUGUUCAGGAGGGAUUUUGUUUGCUUAGCUGUUUUUCAGGAUGUUAGGUUUUCCGCUUCUAUGAUUGCUGUUAUUUUCUUCCUGCUGUUGAUUUUGGCUGAGGAAUAUGGUCUAAGUGUUCUUGGGAUUUGACAUAUGUUCAAUUUAAAGAAGAGGUGUCAUGGAUCCUUGAAGAGAGAGGCGUUUCCCACUCUGGGUGUGAUGUGGCUGUCAGGACCCCCUGGGUCUCCUGACACAGAUACAGGACCCUGAGUUCACAGAGGGCCGCUGAAGCCCCCACUGCUGCAGGCUGCCUGGUCAUUUUCAAAUGAUUUUGGAAUCUCCAUUCGCUUACUUACCUCCAUUCCUAAAAUAGUAUCAUUGUUUUUCCUCUUUAUUGUUUUUGCUAUCAGGGAGGAGCCUAUUAUCAGAGGAAAUGGAUGCACGGUGGACACCCUGGUCUGGCUUUAUCAAGUUCACAUGCUUUUCACAUCACCCCUCUUUCCCUGCCCUUCCCUUCCCCUCCCUCCCCUCUUUCUCUUCUCCAAUUUACUCCCUCUUCUCUCCUUCCCUACCCCUUCUCCUUCCUUCCUUUCCUCCCCUCUCCUUCCCUCCUGCCUCCCCUUCCCUCUUUUCUUUCCCCUCUCCCCCUUCCUCUCUUCCUGUCUCCCUCCCAUUCCCUCCCUAUUCUUCCCUCCCUCCUCCCUCUUUCCUAUCUUCCCUCCUCAGCUCCCCCGGCCCUUAGGUGCAGAGGUCUGAGGUCCUCUUCCUUAGUUCCUGGGAAAACUGGCCCCACAGACCCUCGGGUUCUCAUUCUCUCCACUCACGGACUGAUCCCCUUUCCUGCCAGUGCCUCUCUUGGUUCCCACCCUUCCCCAUGUGCAGCCAAUUUGCUGUGUUUGAUAUCUUUCAGUUUGUAUGUUUUCUUGAAGAAUCAGUGAGACUGUUGUGGGCACAGGAUUCACCAUGCUGAAGAGGACCCUCUGUGUGGCCAAGUGCUCAUCCAGGGCUUGGCCUGCCCCGCUGCAGAGCCCAGCCUUGGAGCUGCCAUCUGUCACCUCUCACACCGACGGCAUUCGGGUUGCCUCCCAGGCCCAAGGAUUCCUGGACUGAACAGGAAACUUUAAUGCUAAUUAUACCACAUCAAUCUUUUUAAAGCUUGGUUCUCUCUUGCCUCUGAUUUGUGCUAUUGACAUGCUGUUUAAAAAGCCUUGCCUUGCUGCUUGGCCAUGAUUAUUUUCUUCUAUAUUAGGUUAAAUUUGUAGUCUUAAGGUGACAGCUGUGCCCAGCUAUUGAGGUGCAGGGCGCCACCAUUCAGCAGAGACCGGUCUAAAAGCAGAGCCCAGAGGCAGCCUACAGCUCCUGUCCAGAGGCUCUGAGGGGUCUGGGCCGGGAAGGUGGCCUGGCUGCAAGCCCAGCAGAGAAUUCAGGUGGGCAUGGCCCAGCCAUGGUCUCACAGGACCCUUCCUUCCUCUCCCAGCUCCUCCCCACACAGGUGUGCUGGCCUGAGCGCUGUGGUGCAGCAAUUCCAGCCUCAGUGCAGGAGCCUCCCAGGCACAAAUUCCUGAACUUAAUGUACUUUCUUCAUUUAUCCUUUUGUCAAUUUCCUUAACAAAUAGUGAAUUUCCACCAUGACUCAGGCACUCUAGAGUGAACGAGGCCAGACGCUGUGCCCAGGUGUCUGUCAGAAGUAAUUGGGCUGUCCUGAGCCUCUAGGUUAGUUUAAAGUUAAGGAUCUGUGCAUCAUUGCUGCUAGAAAAUUCCUGGAAAAGUAUGUGCAUGUCUUUUGGGAAGAGAACCAGAGGAAAGGAAUGGAUUUUCUCCCUGGCAGCGAGUGUCCCACCCUGUGAGUGGCCAGGGCCAAGAUCCCCUGGCUGGGGCAGCGGAACUGGAAUAGGAGCAGCAUCUGUUUGUUGCAGACCUGGCUGAAGAAUGCUCUGUGGCUUUGAGCCCUCAGGGCUUGCUUCUCAGGGGCUCCUGGCCCCUCUCCUGCUCAUAACUCACUCCCCCAGAGGGUCUCCCAGCAGAACCUGGGUGUGAGCUGACCUUCCCCGCCCUGCCAAUGAUAGGUGGCUGGUGGCAGAGUCCCCUACAGCCCAAGGAGUUCUGCUCAGUGCAAGAUUCAUCAUUUGGCCACACCGCAGGUCGGCAGGCGACAAGGCUUCUGGCAACAGGAAGACCGAGUUCCCACUGGUCUGGCCCCUGAAGGCUCAACCCUAGGAACAGACACCAGGAAACCCCCUUAGCUGAAUCUUCUGUGCAGCUGGAGCUCAGGGUGCAAGGAAGCAACUCUGAAGACUUUAAACAGCCCAAGACUACUGACUGUCAUCUUAGCCCAGGAUGAGCUGCCUGCUGGAGACUUCCUCUUGUGGGCUCCGUGCUGAGGCUGUGCAGCUUCCUACCUCACGCCUUCUCUGUGAUCACAGGAUGCUGAGUGGAGAAAAGAAAACUCACACAGGGAUGGCCACAUCGCAGGAGUGUGUGGGGCUGUGCCCAGGUCUUCAGAGGCUGAGGCCAGAUGGGGUGCGGGGCCCUGCUUCCUUCUCCGCAGCAGGAGCCCCGUGACCCCCAACACCGAGUUUCAGAGUUGAGAAAUCGCCCUGUGACUGCUGAGUGCUUUGGAAAUGCUAAGGGUCCACUUCCCUCUCCUGGUCCAGGCUCAGCAGGGGCUCCAGCUGAUCCCAUUCUUCCCACUGGAGGGAGUCGUUGUUGGGGUGGGGGGCUCUGGGGGCCUCCUAGCUGUUGGGUGAUGGUGGGCUUCUGGCAUGGGGUGAGGUCACCCAAUGCCCCUUCAAGCUGCUCUCCUGGCCCUCAGUGGGGCAACCGUGAUCCAGGUUCAGGGACUUUUGUGCCCGCUGCUCCCACUUCCCUUUGGCCGUACCCACAGGAUUUUGGCUCUGCCCUCCCCUCUCUGCAGCUAAGAAGGAGUCCUUGGCCUCUGCUGACCUAAUUUUAAACUCACUGUCACAAUGUUUCAUGGAAACUUCCCAAUUAUCACAUGAUGACAGUGACAAUGAUUUCUUUAUUUUAUACUUUAAGUUCUGUGGUACAUGUGCAGAUCGUGCAGAUUUGUUACAUUUUUACAGGUGGCUAACCUGGUCUACAUGUGCCAUGGUGGUUUGCUGCACCUAUGCCCCCUUCAUCUACAUUAGGUAUUUCUCCUAAUGUUAUCAAUCUCCAAUCCUCCCACCCCUUGCUAUCCCUUCCCUCGACCCCCUAUCCUCUGGCAGGCCCUGGUGUGUGAUGUUCCCCUCCCUGUGUCCAUGUGUUCUCAUUGUUCAACACAAACUUAUGAGUGAGAACAUGCGGUGUUUGGUUUUCUAUUCUUGUGUCAGUUUGCAGAGAAUGGUUUCCAGAUUCAUCCAUGUCCCUGCAAAGGACAUGAAGUCAUCCUUUUUUAUGGCUGUGUAGUAUUCCAUGGUGUAUAUGUGCCACAUUUUCUUUGUCCAGUCUAUCAUUAAUGGGCAUUUGGGUUGGUUCCAAGUCUUUGCUAUUGUAAACAGUGCGACAAUAAAUGUACAUAUGCAUGUGUCUUUAUAACUGAAUGUUCUAUAAUACCUUGGGUAUAUACCCAGUAAUGAGAUUGCUAGGUCAAAUGGCAUUUCUAUUUUUAGACCCUUCAGGCAUUGCCACACUGUCUUCCACAAUGGUUGAACUAAUUUACACUCCCACCAACAAUGUAAAAGUAUUUUUACUUCUCCACAUCCUCUCCAGCAUCUGUUGUCUCCUUAUUUUUUAAUGAUAGCCAUUUUAACUGGUGUGAGAUUGUAUCUCAAUGUGGUUUUGAUUUGCAUUACUCUAAUGAUCAGUGAUGAUGAGCUUUUUUUCAUGUGUUUGUUGGCUAUUUAAACAUCUUUUGAGAAGUGUCUGUUCAUAUCUCUCACCCACUUUUGGUGGUAUUGUUUGUUUGUUUUUUUUUAAUUUGUUUAAGUUCUUUGUAGAUUCUGGUUAUUAGCCCUUUGUCAGAUGGGUAGAUUGCAAAAUUUUUUCCCAUUAUGUUGGUUGCCAGUUCACUCUAAUGAUAGUUUCUUUUGCUGUGCAGAAGCUCUUAAGCAUAAUUAGAUCCCAUUUGUCUAUUCUGACUUUUGUUGCCAUUGCAUUUGGUGUUUUAGUCAUGAAGUCCUUGCCUAUGCUUAUGUCCUGAAUGUUAUUGCCUAGAUUUUCUUCUAAGGUUUUUAUGGCGUUAGGUCUUAUGUUUAAAUCUUUAAUCCAUCUGGAGUUAAUUUUUGUAUAAGGUGUAAGGAAGGGAUCCAGUUUCAGCCUUCUGCACAUGGCUAGCCUGUUUUCCCAACACCAUUUAUUAAAUAGGGAAUCCUUUCCCCAUUGCUUGUUUUUGUCAGGUUUUUCAAAGAUCAGAUAGUUGUAGAUGUGUGAUGUUACUUCUGAGGACUCUGUUCUGUUCCAUUGGUCUAUAUCACUGUUUUGAUAUCAGUCCCAUGCUGUUUUGAUUACUGUAGCUUUGUAGUAUAGUUUGAAGUCAGGUAGUGUGAUUCCUCCAGCUUUGUUUUUUUUUUUUUUUUUUUGCUUAGGACUGUCUUGGCUAUGCAGGCUCUCUUUUGUUUCCAUAUGAAGUUUAAGGUGGUAUUUUCCAAUUCUAUGAAGAAAAUUGAUGGUAGCUUGAUAGAGAUAGCAUUGAAUCUAUAAAUUACUUUGGGCAGUAUGGCCAUUUUCAUGAUAUUGAUUCUUCCUAACCAUGAGCAUGGACAGUGGAGAUGGUUUCUUGCCUUAUCUGCAGCUAGGCUAUGUUCAAGACUCCAACCAUUAUCUCAUUUACCUCAGAAAUGCCCCUAAGCUGGGGGCAGGGACAGCAUUGGGGGGUCACAGCUCCUCAUUUUUGCAGGUGGAUAACCUGGGGUUCCAGUGGUUGGCCCUUCUUUGUCCUGUUGGAUGGCUUAAGGCCCAGGUGUCCCUGUCCCAGAAGACUGGCUAAUGCCUGCCUGUUCAUUCCUACCUAGACAACCAUGCCAUAGGACAGCACUGAUGGGAGGAGAGGUGGGUUCAGGUGUCCCAGUCAGGGGAAACUCAGGUGGCAACUCCACAGAACACUGGAGAUAAUAGUGUAACUCACAGACCCAGAAGAAGAGGGCAGCCACCUUGCAGGGCUGUUGGUGGGAAGGGGGUGCCAUCUUACACUUAGCCAGAGAGACAGGAACUGUGGCCGAAGCCUUCACUGGGGUCCAGGGUAUUACCCAAGCAGGUUUCCCACAGGGAGCUCUAGGUGCUCUAAGCCAGUGGGACACAGCUCCAGGAGGUCACCUUGGGACCAGGAGGGGUCUGCUGUGAAAUAGCAGCCCAGUCCUCACAGGGCAUGGGAUCUAAGUGUGUCCUGUGGGCUGUCCCAUAGCAGAGUGGUCAUCAGGAGGCAUCUGUGUAAGGCAGGUUUCUGGAUGGACCACCCUGAGAAAUUUCGGCGUGGUGGAAAACUAGAACGAGUGUCAAGGGUGACUAAGUCCUGAUUCUGGGAGGACAAAGCCCAAAAUGUGUGCUGAGGGAAUACAGUGUUGUAAGAAUUCCACACAGAUCCUUCAGUGCUACAGAUGAGACAGGGUGUCAGACUGUGAGCACGUCAGAGUCUGGGGGGUGUAAAGUUAUUGCACAUAAAUAAUCUGGAAACAGCUGCCUAGAAUAACCUUUAUAUUGGAAAGUGUGCUUUGAGGUCAUUAUGCAGGAUUUUAUAGCCAUUUCUUGGCUGAGCCCCAGGAUGGCUUAUGGCUUUGCAGAAAGGCAUCAUCACAUUUUAUGAAUGACAGAUGGCUUUUAUCACACUUUUGCAUGAUUGCUUAUGGUAAUAGGGCUGCAGUGCCUGAGCCAUGGGGACCUGCAUGAGUGCCCCGGGCAAAGUCUGCUCUUUGGGCCUUGAAUCUGGAUCCCAUGUGAGGCCUGAGGAUGUUAUUUCUUCCUCUGACCUCCUGGCUGUCCAGGCCACUGUGACAGAACAGUGGGGGCCCCCAACCCCCAUAUGUGCAGGUGCAGGCCUGUCUAGGGAAAAUCAGUGGCUCCCACGGGCUAUGGGAUGGUGCACCAGUCCCAGGGUCCUGCACGGGAGGGCUUUUCAUCCCCACCCCUCCUUUCCUGGACCAAACCCGGCUUUUAUCCAGCCUUGUCUUUUUCUUUCUUUUUUUCUAAGCCCCCAUGAUCCAGGCUGGACUCUAGGGUGAGGGCUGCAUGUUCCGCUCCACCCAGCUGUCUGGACACUGCUGCUGGACAAUGGCCUGGCUCCCAUGGGCUCCCGCCCAUUGUGGCUCAGGUUUACCCAGCUCUGCUUCACCGCAACAUGACCUUGUAAAUAAGAGUUAUUUCUCAAACUGGGAGAAAUCACUGUAUUUGGUCAAACAGACAAUGAUUUAUAUUUUUUUAAAUCAGCUCUGCUCUGCUAAACAAAUAUUUAGAGAAAAGAUGAGCACAAGACAGUCUAGACUGUUUAGAUGGCAUCAAGAGAACCCUGGGAAGAAGAACCAGGGCUGGGGCUGAGCCAGGACGAACCCCAGGGGUCAAGGCGACAGCCAGGAGGGUCAAGGCAGGCGCCAGCUGCUGUGGGUGAGGCCAGACCAGAGCAGGAUCUGGGUGACACUGAUGCCUGGUGAAGAGACAAGGAGGGGGACAGGGGGUCAGGGAGCCUGGCAGGGGCCUCGAGGGACUUAGUAUCUGAUGAAAGGAUGGACAUGACCCACCAGAUGAGGCAGAGGGGCCUGGUAAAUGCCUGUCAAGGGUGGUGUAGAAACAGAGAGUAAGGCUUCUAUCUAAAAGUGGGCUUAUGGAGAAGAGCAGUCCUCCAUGUCCAGAGCAGGAAUCUGAAGGUGAAAUGUGUUUGCCAGAUAUUCUCUCUCCCUCUGUCUCCUGACUUCUCUCUGCCUCCAUCUCCAUCUCCACUUUGUGUCUCCCUCUCCCUAUCUCUGUUCUCUCUGCAGUAGCCCAUCCAUGUCCCUCAUCCAGCAAACUCCACGGCCAUGCAGGGCUUUUCAUGAUGCUGCCAUUGUACUUUGCUUAAGAAAAUGACUAUUUCUCAAGUUUUUGGAGUGAAGCCACCAUGACCUUUGCAACAGAUAAACAUACACUUUUUCCAAGUGUGACUCAAGGACAAAAGGUUCAUGCCCAAGGCAGUUCUAAAAGUGGAUGGGUAAUUGCUGGUUCUGCUUCCUGUAAGGAUUUUGUAAGAUUAAACCAAACUCAGUCACUCACUGAAACAGCUUCAAAACCUGUACACAGUGCAGACAGGCCACUGGUGGGCAUUGGAUAGUGAACAGCAAGACAGGCCUGGGGUGCACAUGGGUGAAAACAGAGUUGCAGGAUGAACGUUUUUUCUGCCUGUGGCUGUUAGCCUGGGCCCUGUGUAGUUAGCACAUGAGGAAGCAAGGGGUCCUCAGAGAAGACCACGGUCUUCAUUGCCUGGAACAGGAGCAGAAUCAAAUUGGGGAAGCUGUGGUCCCUGGAGAGGGGGAGCGUCCAGAAGGGGAAGGAUUGCAAAGGGGAAACUUCAAACUCAUGCUUCUGACUGGCCCUGAGCUGCACACACACAAAACAGAUGAAAGACAUCCAGCUGCCAUGUGUGUUCCUACGCAACUGUCUUGCAUGCUCUGCUCAUGUACCCCAAAACCUAAAAUCCAAUAAAAAAUUAAAAAAAAAAAAAAGACAUCCAGCUAAAGGCAGAAAGUCUGAGUUCAGGCUGCAGUGGUAGCCAGGAGCCAUAUUUGCAGUUCAAGCCCAACCUAGCACACAUGUGAUUACUACUUACUACCCCAAGAGAAACAGCAGCUGGUAGAAAGCAACAGAGUCCCGAACUUCCACAUCACAAGCAUAGUGUCCAGGACUCAAUUUAGAAUUGCUCAGCAUACAGGGAAACCAACUAAGUGGGACACUUUCUUAGAAGAAAAGAACAUCAACUGAGAUGGAUUGCAAAUGACCAGGUGUUGUGAUAGAAGGUGAGGAUUUUACUUCAGGUGGCUUGGAGCUGGACUAAGUGCAUAAACAGUGUUAUAGCCUCUUGGAUAAUUGACCAUGUUGGAGUUACAGAAUUACCUUCUUAUAACCCUGGUCAUGUUCAUUGCCCUGAAAUACACUUUGUCCAAUAUUAAUACAGUUACUCCACCUUUUUUUCUUACUAGUGUUAGUACAGUGUAUCUUUUAAAAUCCCACUGGUUUUCAUGUAUUCGUGAAUUUAUAUUUAAAGUGGAUUUUGGGUAGGCAGCCCUUAGUUGAGUCUUGCUUUCUUACUCAAUCUGACAAACUGCCAUUUAAUUAGACCAUUUUCAUCUACCAUGUACUGUUGACAGUAGUUGAAUUUAAACCACCACCUUGCUAUUUGUUUUAUUUAUCCUGUCUAUGUUUUGUUUCCCUGUUCCUCUUAGCCUAUCUUCGUUGGGACUGAGUAUUUUUUUAUGAACCCACUUAAUCGCUUUUGUUGGCCUAUUUCCUGUAACUCUGAGAGAGAGAGAGAGACAGAGAGAGAGAGAGAGAGAGAGAGAGAGAGAGAGAGAGAGAGAGAGAGAAAGAGAGAGAGAGAGAGAGAGAGAAAGAGAGAGAGAGAGUAUGUGUGUGUGUGUGCAUACAUUUUAGGGUUUAUGGUAUGCACUGUCAACGUACCACAGUCUACCUUCAAAUAAUAUGAUACCACAUCAUGAUGGUUUAAUAAACUUAAAGUAGCACACUUCCAUUGCCCCUGCUUCUCCAUGUCACUGUUGGCGUACGUUUCACUUCUUUGCGUUUUAUAUCCAGCAAAACAUACACUUCGUUUCUGCAUUUCUAUCAGGUCUCCUUCAAUGUCACUUCCUCUUGUUCGAAGGACUUUCGUUAAUAUUUAUUAGUGCUUAUCUGCUGGUAGAAUUAAUAUUUUAGCUUUUAUAUGUCUGAAAAAGUUGGCAUUCCACCUUGUUUCUACCUUUGUUGCCAGGUACAGAAUCAUGAAUAAACAGCUUGUUCCACUGUCCUCUAGCUCACCUCAUUUUCAAGGAGAAAUCUGCCAUUAUCCUUGUCUUGUUCCACUGUACCUAACACAUCUCUUUUCUUCUGUCUGCUUUUAAGAUUGUCUCAUUUUCACCCAAUUUAAGUAAUUUGAUUACCUGUGACUUCUUCCUACUUCUUACUUCUUUGACUGGGAUAUGUAGCUUUUAAAAAGCAAAUUAGGAGGAGGACUCAAGAUGGCGCUGUGAGAAAAACCCAGGAUUGAAGCUCUUGGUCAAUGUGCGGACAGGGUGAGUCAGGGCCGCAUUUCCAGACGGAUCUUUGUUGCCCACAAAACGGGGAAAUUCGCAGGUAUAAAAGAGACGCCGGACGCCAGGCAGAGGCUUUGGCCGGUGCCAUGGCAACCGGCGCGGUAGCGCAGCGGUGCUACACAGCGCUUCGCACAAACCACACUAGUCUGUGUGCCCUGUAGAACUGGCAAACUGUGAUUUGAGAGGGCUGAGCUUGAGACUGAACGGGACUUGGACAGUGAGCCAGCCCAGGAGAUUCCAGGGUCACAGCGUUUGGGGUAGCACAGUGGGACAAACAAAACGGUGAUUCCAAAUGCUCCCGGUGGAGAGGUUCCCUGAGAAUGCAGCUCCGAGGGGGAGGGGCAUCCGCCAUUACCGAGGCAAUCACCCCUACUGAGGUUCACACUCAUUGCUGACGCAGCCUGCCAUUGCCGAGGCAACGCGCUACAACAGAGAGACUCCGCCGCAGGGCGUAGCUCAUGGCAGCAGGGCAGAGACUGCAGCAGAAGGGCAGAGCCUGCAGCAACAGGGCAAACCUCACACCAGCAGGGCGGAGCCUCGGCAGGCAAAUAGUGACUAGACUGCCUCCUAGCUGGGCAGGACAGCACAGUGGACACUCAAAAAUAAAGCCCCAAUCCCCCCAGACAGAGCAUCUGAGAAAAAAAAGGGUUUUGUUAUGAGUUCUGUUGCAGCAGAAUUAAACAUAGCAGCCUAACAGCCCUGAAUGAACAACAGAGCUCACAGUUCGGUAAUUGAGCUCCUAUAAAGUACAGACUGUCUCCUCAAGCAGCUCCCUGACCCCUCUAUAUCCAACAGACUGACAUUUGGCAGGCAUCAUCCUGGGACAAAGAUAGCAGAAAAAGAAACUGGUAGCAUCCCUCGCUGUUCCGCAGUUGCUAUAGGUGCACCCCAGACAAGCAGGGCCUGGAGUGGAACUCAGCAGUCGUACAGCGAAGGGGCAAGACUGGUAGAAGGAAAACCAAGUAACAGAAAUACUUCAUCAUCAACAAUCUGGGUGUCCACUCAGAGACCCAAACGAAAAGUCAGCAACUACACAGAUGACAGGUGGAUAAAUCCACAAAGAUGGGAAGAAACCAGCGCAAAAAGGAGGAAAACACCCGAAACCAGAACACCUCGCCUCCUAGAAAGUACCAAAACUCCUCACCAGCAAGGGAACAAAGCUGGACGGAGAAUGACUGUGACGAAAUGACGGAAUUAGACUUCAGAAGGUGGAUAAUGAGAAACUUUUGUGAGCUAAAAGAACAUGUUUUAAAUCAAUGCAAAGAAACUAAGAAGCUUGAAAAAAGAUAUGAAAAAAGAUUCGAGGAAAUGAUAACAAGAAUGGAUAACUUAGAGAGGAAUAUGAAUGAAUUAAAGAAGCUGAAAAACACAAUAAGAGAACUUCACGAAGCAUGCACAAGUUUCAGUAGCCGAAUUGACCAAGCAGAAGAAAGAAUAUCAGAAGUCGAAGAUCAACUCAAUGAAAUGAAAUGAGAAACCAAGAUCAGAGAACAAAGCACAAAAAGGAAUGAACAAAGUCU